AUGGUGAAAUCUAAUUCAACGUCCAUUAUGAUUCCAGAGUUGGAUUUUGAGAUGCCCCCAGAAGCUCAACGUGGAAAACUUUCAACGGUGGAAGGGGUACUUCUACGAGCUGCAGAGGAGCUGCAAGCUUUGCAAGAGGAGCGAAUGAAGGUUGAUCCUGAGACAGCAAAAACUUUCGACCGGUUUUUUAUUAAAUUGAAAUCCUGUGCAAAAGGAAAUGUGUCGUUUACCUUCAUACUUGAUGAUCUUGCAGGCAAUAACUUCAUUGAGAACCUGUUUGCUCCCUCCUCUGAUCCAGCACUGACUGUGAAGUUUUAUGAUCGAACUCCCGAACAACAAGUGUCUCUAGGGUUUCUUGCUGAGUCGACAGCUGGUGAAGAAGAGUCAGAGCAUGGUGGUGGUGGUGAAGUUAGAAUAGAGCGAACUGAGAAAACGAAGUACAUACCUGCUGAAACAAGAAGAGAGUCUCAUGAGCAGAGGGUGGUCAUCAUGCAAUUGCUCAAGGUACCAGUGAGGAAAUUGUUGUCGCCUCGUUGA